GUGCAGAGACUGUUUGACUUGAUGUCAUUCAUUGUCGUCUGUGCAAACUCAUGAUGAGGCGGUUACUGCAGCCGCUGCCUGCAUAUAUGGAGGCAUACCGCCGCGGUGCGGUGCACACAUCGUUACUGUACAAAUCGGUACGUACGCCUCACUCUCUCUCACUCACACACACACACACACACUACAAUAUGCACUCACGCUCUCUCCCUUCUCUCUGUCCAGAAAAGGUGAAAGCAAAUCAAAGGGGCGCGUCAAAAACCCGCUGUGCUCACUCGUCUGUCUGGCCUCUCUAGCGGCUGCAGGCAGUGGAUGACUGCAUUCCACACAGCACACCGACUCAGCUCAACCUCACUGCGCUGCACUCAUCCAUCCAUCCAUCUGCUUAGUUACGUCGUAUCUACAAGCUGUCUUCGUCUUCCAUCGCGAUGGCAUUAGGCAGGCAGGCAGGCGCGUUUGCAUAUGCAUGACGAGCUUGGGCAGUCGCCGGAGAGGCUGCAGGCAAUGGAUUGCCGAGCCCACUGCCUGCAGCCUCUCCGUCGAGUCGUGCAGCCCGUCGUGCCCAUGGACGCUCAUACACUAAGCGGCCGGCCGACAUACGAAAGUGAAAAGACCGUCGAGGGGCGGGCCAGAGAGGGAUGCAGGGAGGGAGGGAGGGACCAAUACGCACAUCUGACUGACCUCCCUGGCUGCCCAAUCCCGCCUCAAUUCCCUCUCACUCACUCCAUUAUCUCGCUUAGAAUACACACACAUGGUGCACAGGUUCUUCGUACACACAGACACACGGGUGCAUCUAUCUAUCUGGGUGUCCAUCUGGAGGGCUCUUCGGGUUCUUUUUCGGGUUCAGUCUCCUCCUCGGGCUUCUCGCGCUCGAAAUCUCGGUCGCUGAACACUCGCCUUUACCACACAGCACAGAGACACAGACAAUGCUGCAAGCCGUGUGUGUCCAUAGGCAGGGAGGGCUGACCUGAGGCUCAUGAUGGAGAGGUCCUCCAUGUUUUGUAUCUGCAGGUCGGCAAGCUUCAGCUCCCACUGCGAGUAGCCACCCGUGUUGACCGCCGCUAUCGCCUUCAUCUGCACGUCGUGGGCCGCCACUACCGCUGAACGAACGUCACAGACACACAGGCAGAUAGAUGCACAUGUGCAAUGUACCAGACAUCCUGUCCUGUCCGCCUGAUUGAUCUUCCUCACGCACCCUUGGGCGAGUCGACGAACACGGCACACCUAUCUGGCGAGCGCAUCAUCUUCUGCGCCGCGUGCAGGUAGGCCUGCUCGUGCCAAUUCAGACCCACAUGGCCGUCGUCCAGACUGACAAGACAAACACACUCAGGUCAAACCAUUGAUGGAUGACCACCUGUGGGUCCUGUGGGUGGGUGGGGGUGGGUGAGAUUGCUGACCAGCUGACGAUGGUGUCGUCGAAGUACAGGUCUCUUGGGACACCUGCCCUUCCCAACACAUCCACCACCUGGUCGUAACGCAGCCGAGUCGAGAACACUCCACAGGGCACCCUGUAAGUACACACACACACACACACACACACACACAUACAGAGGGAGGGAGGGAGGGAGGGAGGGAGGAAGAUGGAGAACGCGUUGCCCCCCAUGCAUGCGAUGCGUCCCUGCCGUCUGGGAUGGUUACUUGUAUUGUUUCAGUAUCUCUAGCCACUUUUGCACACCCCUCUGUAACCUCAGCGCCCCGUGGCUCUCGCGGUAGACCUGCUGCAGCGCGUUGAAGAACUCGCCCUCGUACUGAAUGCCCUGAUGCAUCACAGCACCCAAGGUUGGGUGCACACACACAGUCUCUUGAAGUGGAUGCACAGUCGGCGCCUGCCUGCUGUGUGGCUGACCUCUUUGGUGGUUUGGUUUGUGCCGCCGACGAUGGUCCAGAGGAGGAUCUUGUCUGCCGCCUCCUCGGGGUGAACAGACGCCGAUUGCUGAGUGACACAUACAUGGACACACACACAUGAUAACAUCAUGGCACAUACAUGCCAUGGAGAGAGAAACCGCACGUUGGUCAUUCCAUUCAUCCCACUCACCCUUGCGUCUUCUUCUGUCGGUGCGGGCAGGUUGCCAUUCGUCUCGGCCACACGACGCCACGCCUACAAAUAAAUCCACACACAUACACACACACAUGCACAUGAACGUUCCAAUGCAUAGACACAAGGGGCGGCCCGGCUCCACUCACUCACUCACUGACCUCCUUUUCCAGCGCCACAAAGUCCACAAUGACGCCCUCCAGCUUGAAGAUCGCACCAUAGGCCUCGUCAUGCGCAUUGUCGCCACCAAACCUUCACAACACGCGGGGGGCGCAGAGAACACAUGAUGGAUGGAUGCGGAGCUUCGCUUUCUUUCUGUCCGUCUGCGUGCGUGCGUGCGUGCAUGCAUGCGCACCGCUGUCUGAGUCGUUCGACGUGGCUGGGUGCGUAGAGUUUCUGCAGCUCCUCUGGCGCAAACUCGCCGCGGGGGCUCUCGUACCAUGGGUGCGAAUGCCACUCUCUGAAUCAACCACCAACACACCAGCGCAACACACGUGCAUAUCUGCCGAUCAGUCAUCCCCCGCCAUCCACCUGCGUAUCAUGAAUCGUGUGAGCAUCUCAGCCCGCCUCCUCUCGCCGCCCAGUGGCCGCAGCAGCAGCCGCCUCCUCGCACCCCAACCCUCCGACGGCCUCUUCAAUCUUCUCCUCUCACCAAGACCCACCAGUGACGGAGAACGCUCGGCUACCUGAGAAUGGUCAGGCAACGCCAGGCUGUCAGGAAGGGAUAGCCACCGCCCCCCCUGAUCGUCAGCAGCUGCUGGUGGUGGUGGUAGGUGUGACAACUGCGCCCUGCCCGGAAGGGUAGCGGAUGAAUUGAAAGGUCUGGGUGGUUCCUGCUGGUAGAGCAGCGUCAGCUUCUGCCGCACAUCGUCGAGUGCGUCGGGGCACAUCGGCGGCCCUGACAGAUCAAGCAGAGGGCGGGCGGGAGAGGGAGCCGGCGGCGCUGCCACGAACGAUAGCAGGGACGAUGCACGCGGGUGUCCAUCCACCCGAUGCUGCUGCCGCGGCUGCUGCUGUUGCCGAGCUGCUGCGAUGGGUGACAGAGGUGAGGAGAGGCCAUGAGUGGCCGCCAGAGCUAAGAGCGGUGCCAACGCCAUCGCGAUGACAAAAAUGAGGGCGGACAUCCCCAUCUUCC